CCAAGUAUGUGUAAACUGAUGAUUUUGCUAAAUGUGACAUAGAUAAUAUUCAUGGAGAUGGAAACGGUAGCUUGGAGGUACUUGUGAUUGGACUAAGAAUGAUUAAAGUUGCAACAGAAAAUUUCUCCAACGCAUACAAACUUGGAGAAGGUGGUUUUGGUCCAGUUUACAAGGGUAUAUUGGGUGAUGGACAAGAAAUAGCAGUCAAGAGACUAUCAAGUCACUCAGGUCAAGGUCUCGAUGAAUUAAAAACAGAAGUAAUGCUGGUUGCUAAAUUGCUGCACCGAAAUCUGGUAAAGCUGUUGGGCUAUUGCUUAGAAAAUGAGGAGAAGCUACUGGUCUAUGAAUAUCUGCCUAAUGGGAGUUUGGACAAAAUUUUGUUUGAUGACCAAAAACAAUCUUCUUUGGAAUGGAAAACACGAUUCAAAAUCAUUGUUGGUAUUGCCCGAGGGCUACUAUAUCUGCAUGAAGAUUCUAAGCUCAGGGUUAUUCAUCAUGACUUGAAAGCCAGCAAUAUUUUAUUAGAUGAAAAUUUGAAUCCCAAAAUUUCAGACUUUGGUUUAGCAAAAAUGCUAGGUGGAAGCCAAACUCAAGCCAAUACAAGACGAAUUUGUGGUACUUAUGGAUAUAUGGCGCCAGAAUACGUUAAGCAUGGGAAGUUUUCAACUAAAUCUGAUGUUUAUAGCUUUGGAAUUUUAGUUUUGGAAAUUAUUACCGGUCAAAAGAUCUCAAGCCCUCGAAAUUAUGCAAAUCUUCAAAGCCACGCAUGGCAACACUGGGCAAAUGGAACAGCUUUAGAGCUUAUAGAUCCAACAAUGGAUGGGCAGUGGACUAGACAAGAAGCUUUAAGCUGCAUCCACAUUGGGUUGCUAUGCGUUCAAGAGGCUAGUGUUGAUAGAUCAAAAAUGUCAGAUGUAGUUACAAUGUUUUCUAAUUUCUCUGUAUCCCCUCUAGUACCUUCACGGCCAUCAUUUUUUGUUUCAGAUGUUGUAAAUGAUAGCUCAGAACUAGUCAGAGAAAAUUCUGGAUCUACCACAAAAGCUUCAAAUCAUGAUCCAUCUAUUUAUAGGGUUACACUUACUGAAUUACAUCCUCGAGAUUGA